AUGGGAAUAAAAAAAAAUAUUAUUUCCUUUUCACUAUUUAUUUAUUUAAUAUGUAUUUUUAGUUUUUCAACAGUAAAAUCCGAAAAUGUAUUGGGUGAAAUCGAAAUAUCAGAAACUUAUUCCAUUGAUUCAAGUGCUUUAAAUGGUAACUUUUAUUAUAAAUCCGAUUCAAGUAUAACAAAACCAAAGUUAGUUGUUACAUUGUUAAAAGGUGAAGUUGAUGAUAUCACUGAUAUUGCCAGAGAAAAUAAAGAUAAAAACUCAGUUUCUUUUGGUGAUUUUACUCAUAUUUCAUCAACCAAUCAAGUUAAUGUUAUUGGAAUCAAGAGUAUUAUUGCAAUGGCAAUUGGUUUAUUAUCACUUGGCUUUAUUUCAAAAAAAUCACAUGGAGGCAAUGUUUCAUAUAUUGUAUUUGGUGUUGUAUUUGUAGGAAUGGUUUUAAUUGGAGUUUCAAAUUCAUUAACAAUUUCAGAUAUUUCAGUUAAAGUUGAAAUUACUGUACCAACAAAUUUUAAAUUUGAAUCAUUGACCUUAAAAGUAGGUUCAGGUUCAUCUAAUAUUGUUGGUUUAUUUUCAAAAUCAAUUAAAGUCGAUGCUUGUUCAACCAAUUCAAUCGAUAAACAUCAAGUAGCUUUAGAUUAUUUAUCAAUUUCCUCAUCAUUGGAUAUUUGUAGUAAUGGCAAUAUUAAUAUUUACAAUUUAAUACUACUAGAUAAAAGUAGCAUUACUUUAGAAACAACUUCAGAUAUUAAUUUAAAUUUUUAUAAUGGUUUCACUGGUUCAGUUAAUAUUAAUUCUACCAAAUUAAAUAUUGAUAGUGGAUGUGAUUUAAAUACCAAUGGAAGAAUUUCUAAUGGCAUUUGUAAAAAUGGUGAUGCUUCACAAUUAGUUAUCAAAAAUUCAAACACUGCAAGUAUUAAAAAUGUAGCCGAAACUUGCCCAGUAGAUCCAAAAUGGAGACCAACUCCAGCAUCAGGUUCAAUAUCUUCACCACCAAUAUCUACUACUCAAGAUGCAGUCGAUACUAAAUAUAAUGGAGCUGACUUUUCUUUCAUGGGUCUAUAUGGCUAUUCAGAUAAAAGUAUUCUUGCUGGUCCAAUUCCAAACUCAUUUACAUUAUUUUUUGAAUCUUGGGGUCCAGAAUCAAACUGGCUCGUAUCAAAGAUCCCAACACCAGUUCUCAGAAAGAAUAUAAACUAUCAAUUAUCAUUCGGUUUCAAACUUGCCUUACCUCUCUUUGAAUAUAAUAAUGUUUCAAAUAUUACAGUUUCUUUUUAUAAUAUUGGUGACAUCCCAGAUCCAAAUAGUAGUGAUAGAUAUUUCAUCGACUAUGAAAAUCCAGAUCCAAUCUACACUAAAGUUUUUAGUUCUUCUCUUGGUGACUUUACCUCCUCGACUGAAUUUAAGCAAAAUAAAUUCACUUUUAAUCCAUCAGUAGAUAUUGGUAGAUCUAUAUUUGCAAUCAGAAUUAAUAAAACCGAAUUGGGUGGACCAGAUGGCCAUGUUGUUUCCAUCUCUGAUUUGAAAUUAACAAUCCCAUCAAAAACUAUUACAACUCCAACUCUUUUAAAUAAAGAUUCAGAAUUAAUUACAAUCGGUAAACCAUCAACAUCACUCGAACCACAAGACCCAUCAACAUGUCCAUAUUUAGCAAAUGAUAUUGUUCACUGGCAUGAUCUUUCAAUUUGGGGCGGUUCACCUCCAUCUCCAUUAUCUGAAAUAACUUUACCAGCUAAUAAAAAAGUGCUAAUCUCACAAUGUUCAAUUUCACAAGAUAAUAUCUACAAGAAAAUUAUAAUCCCAGCAACAUCAGAGUUAAUUUUUGCUGAUUCAAAUAUAACAAUGCAUGUUCAAGAUAUUUAUGUCCAAGGUAAAUUAACAAUGGGAACAAAAACUUGUCGUUAUAAUUCAUAUAUCAACAUUAUUUUCCAUGGCUCAAAGACUACCUCUGAUACCAUUGCUCAAUACUAUGGCAGUAAGGGUAUUGCUGUUGCUUCUGGUGGUUUUAUUAGUGUUCAAGGUAAACAAUAUCAUUAUACCUGGACCAAAUUAGCAGCAACUGCUUGGUCUGGUGAUAAUGUAAUCUACAUUCAAGAUUCUGUCAAUUGGGAGGUAGGUCAACAAGUUGUAAUUACAACUAGUAUCUAUGAAGAUUUAAUCGAAAACCAAAAUGAAGUUAAAACCAUUUUGGCUAUUGAUGGAAAGAGAAUUCAAUUUACUGAACCAUUACAAUUUUAUCAUUAUGGUGGUCAAGAGUAUCAAGCUGAAGUUGGUUUACUUUCAAGAAGAAUAGUUUUCAGAGGCGAUGAUGAUUCAUCAAGUAAAGAUCAAUUUGGUGGCCAUGUUUUAGUCAAUGGCGAAGGUCAGUUUAGUGGUCUUCAAUUAAUUAAAAUGGGUCAAACAAAUAUUAAAGCUCGUUAUCCACUUCAUUUCCAUUUAGCAAAUGAAGUAAAGAACUCUUAUAUUACUGAUUGUUCCGUUGUUCAUUCUUUCUAUAGAUGCUAUACUAUACAUGGAACUAAUAAUUUAACAGUCGAAAGAAAUGUUGCUUUCAAUGCUACCGGUCAUUGUUAUUAUUUAGAAGAUGGUGUUGAGCAAUUUAAUAGAAUUAACUAUAAUUUGGGUGCAUAUGUACAUACAAUUGGUCCACCAGCCGCAGGUGCUGAACAAACAGGUCAAAUCUUUACUCAAAAUGAUGGUCUUACACAACCAGCUGAUUCAGCUGCUGGUUGCUUCUAUAUCACCAAUGCUUGGAAUGAUUUUAUUGGUAAUGCUGCAAGUGGUGGUUGGACUGGUUUCGCUUUUCCAAAUUUGGAUAGACCAAUUGGUAAUCAUCGUAAUAUUGAUAUGGUUCCAAAACAAUUUGCUAUUAAAACUUUUGAAGGAAAUACAGCACAUUCUAGUGGAUAUUUCUGGUCAUCAGGUUCAUCUAUUUAUGUUGGUGCAAAUUUAACUGUAAUUGAUAGUUCAACUGGUUUACUUCAAUAUAACAGUGGUCGUUUCGCAAGAUCAACCUAUAAAGAUGGAAUUGCAGAUGAAAAAAACGAAGUUUGGAUGAGAUAUAAUAAUACAAAGAUUUAUUUAUCAAAUCGUGGUGUUGGUCAUUGGGGUGAACGUGUCGAAGUUGUUGGAUUGGAAGCUUAUGAUUCAAAUCGUCCAGGUACAUUAUUUGGUGAUGCAUGGUUAGAUACAGCUAUUGUCAAUGGUCAAACAGGCAGUUUAGUCUCAAAAUCAAGAACAGGUAGACAAGGUUUCCAAUUUUAUGAUACCUAUGUACAAACUAUUCUUUCAAAUGUUGUUUUUAGAAACUUUUAUAAAUUGAACAGCGCCGAUAGUCCAGAAACUGAUAAUAGAGUCAUUAUUAGUAUGACCCAUAGCGAUGUCUUCAAGCCACAAGGUAUUUCAGCUACAAUCAAGCUUAAAACUGAAAAUGUUGCAUCAUCUCAAAUCAUUGGCCAUAGAGCUGUUAAUACUGGUAGCUCUCGUUACUUUAAUCUCAUUGAUUGGGAUGGCUCAAUUAGUGGUUUAAAAGUCCCAUCUUUAAUUGGUAGUCACGAUGCUUGGUGGAAUUUCGACUCUACUUGUAAAUACAACACUGAUUGGUAUUGCUAUGUUUGUGAAAAGGGUGAUAAAGAAAUUGCUAAUCUCCAAUUUUGGAUACCAAACUUUAUUGACCGUGACACUGAAUGGCCUGCUGAUUCAUAUGUCGGAAAUAUCUCAUUGUUUGGUAGUGGUAUUACCGAUAAAAGAAUGACUGCAGUUACCAAAAAUGCUGGUGUGACUGGUGUUUCAAAUAUGGGUUGGUAUUUACAUCUCACUACAGGAACUCCAUCACAAAUGACCAUUUGGGUUGCACAAGUAAUAUAUGGUAAUUAUGUAUUCUUAGCAAUUCCAUACCCAGCAGGAACCAGUUUCACAUCAAUUAUCUUCAAAAAUAAAUACGUUAACACUUAUGAUACUACAUAUACAGUAGCAAUCUCAGCAGCAGCAGUUAGAAGUGGUAAUGGAAAAACCUAUUUCUUUGACGGUACAAAUCUUUACUUAAAAGUAGUUAACCAUGCUCUAAAAGGUACCGAAUACUUUGAAAGAGCUGGAGUUCGUGUCUACGAUGUAGUUUGGGAAAAUACAAUUACUAUUCAAACAACAAAUACUCAAUCUGCUCCAGUUAAAGGUUUUUACAAAGUUUCAGAUUUUGUAUUACCAUCAUCUUCUCUUUAA